AUGCAGCUUCUACCAUAUCUGUUAACAACAGGCCUACUUGGUCAGGCGAUGGCUGUUAGCAUGAGCAGUCGCUUUACCGUUUCGUCUACUUGUUCGACCUCUAAGGUUGAUGACAUGUUGACGGAAACAAUUGACAUGGUCAAUAAUGCAAUUCAGGGAAUUGAUAGUCUUCUCAAUGCUGGAGUUAAGCUCAACCCUAAUGUUGCCUCCAGCGAAAUAAAAUCCCUUACGAAAGCUGCAACCACUGCUUGGGGAGUUACAGAACCUAAAUGGUGGUCCUAUUCAUUAAACACAGCUGAUAUUGCUCAACUAAAAGCAGCGCAAGGAAAUUAUCAGAAACUUUAUGCAGCUUUGCACUCCGGUACUGGAAUGACUGCAAACCAGAACACAUUAUUCUGUGAUGAUUCGACACUGAAAUGGACCACUAAAGCCAUCGAUAUCUUCCCCGAUGGUGGUACCAUGACAACCGAAGAAUACUUCAAGGCUCAAGGUUACAGUGACACCAGUGUUGUCAAGGGAUUAUGGAAAGACCCAGACCACAAACGUGGGAAAAACUACAACUUCAUUAUUGACGAAUAUAACGGAGGCCAAAUGUGUGGAUCAAAGUCUGCUGAAGCAAUCACAUACUGGCAAAGCGGAAAUAUGUUCCUGUGUCCCAAUGCAUUCAACAGUGCCAACUACAAAACUAGCUUGAAAAGCAUGAGGAGUUCGACAGCUCAAGUUGUAUGGAAUGAUGUUCGAUCACUUCCUGGAACUUUCUUGCAUGAAAUGAUGCAUUUCCUUGACUUAAAACCACAUGUCACCGAUCAUACAGUUACUGGUGACAAGGGGGGACAAGUUGCAGCUUAUGGUUUAAUUGCAGUCUGGAUGUUGGGAGGUCAAGCUGGACAAGAAACAGUAGACAGAUCGAAGGCUUUAACGAAUGCUGAUUCUUAUAAUGUUUUUGCCACAAUGGCAUAUCUUCAGAAACGAACUAGCAAUCGUGUUAGAGAUCCUGUCACUGGUAGAUUUCGGCCUCAAACCAAGCCCAAACCCAACGCUCAGCCCAAUUAUCAGCCUCCAAAUUCACCAACAGUUCGUAUCAAUGCCCAGGAGUCUGACUUCAUAUCCAGAGAACAGUAUGAUGUGCUACUUGAUAAGUUACGACGCACAAAAGAGAAGUACUCCGAGUUAAAACGAGACAAGUCGAAAUUUAAGCGAAGAGAGAACGAGAUUGUACGACACAAACGGGAAGUCGCCAGACUCACUGAAUAUGGCGAAGACGUUGAUCGACAAAUGCAGGAACUUGAAGAUAGAUUAGAAGACCUUGAAGAAGUCGAGGAGCAAAAUCAGGAACUUGAAAAGAGAGUAGAAUAUCUUGAAGAGAUAAAAGCAGAGAAAGAGAAACUAGAGACCAGAGCUGAGCAGCUGGGGGACAUGGUUUGGGAACAUGGACUUGAAGGAAACAGCGACUUACAAUGGUCAGAUUCAAUCAGAGAUGAAUUACAGACCGCCUUUCAGGACCGACGUUGGAACUGUUAUACCAAAGUGAAGGUAUUGAUUGUUCGAUGGGCUUCAGAUGACUUAGGUGUUUCCCAAGAGAUGAGCGAUUUAGCUAGCGUUUUCAAGAACUCGUACAACUUCGAGGUCGCGCAAUAUGAGAUACCUGAUAUCAAUCCAAUAAAAGCAUUACUCCGCCGCGUUUUGGAUUUUAUAGGAGACAAUUCUCCAGACACCCUUCUCAUUUUCUCGUACCAUGGUCACGGUGGCUUUCAUGAUACGAGGCACGACCAUAUUUGGUCUGCCCCUUCGGCAAGAAGUGUAACCGAGCUCAUCGCGGCAUGUGGAUUUCAAACAACUGCCCCAGGAGUCGGCAACAACUCUUUCACAUCCGCACUUAUACCCACCACGUCUUACCAAGAUUCUGGAAACUCGGAUGAUGAGAAUAUAGUGCACCAUAUUGGACUUGUGCAGAAAAGAUCCGAUAGACUUUACGCUAAAGGAUUGUUAAAAUGGUUGUUGAAGGCCCCAUCUAGUAUCCUCGACAUCGAACUAAACCACAUUCAACAACGACCCUCAUCAGAUGAUGGUUAUGGAUCUCAAUAA